UAGUGGAGUCCGUAGUCACCACAAGUGCGGACUCUCUGUGCUUCAUGUAAUGUGUUUUACAACAUGGCGGAAGAAGACGAGAAUACUUCACUAGAACGCAUUCUUCAAAGACACAGAAAGGAAGCGAAAGAUCUUCAGGCCAAAAUCCAGGCGUUGAAACAUUCUGUUCCGAAAGGUGACAAAAAGAAGAAAAAAGAGAUGGCUCUUGAGAUUGCAAAGCUGGAGGAAGAUUUAUCCGUGAGACAUAAGAAUGAGCUGGACUCACUGCAGAAUGACUCAAGUAAAGAAAGUCACCAGGAAGUAGAUGUCACAAAGGAGAUGGAAUCAGUUUCAAUAACCCCUGACGAAAGGGGAUCACACUUUCAAGUUUCAAAAGCACAGAAAAGACGGGACAAAAAAGCUGCUAGAGAUAAGAAAAGGGAACAAAGAAUUGCUGAAGCUGAAUUGGAAAAUGUGCAUAGUGCACGUAAUAUGGAAGCUGAGAAACUGAAAGAAAUCUUGGCAACCAGAGGAUUAUCUAUAAAGGAGAUCACUCCAGAUGGACACUGCUUAUACAAUGCUAUAGCUGAUCAGCUGUCUAGGAGAAAUCAACAGACUGGUAUGCAAACAGUACGAAAACUUGCAGCGGAUUACAUGUUGAGCCAUCAAGAUGAAUUUUUACCAUUCUUGACCGAUGCAAAAACUGGGCAGCUGUACACUCCAGAUCAAUUCGUUCAUUAUUGCGAGGAAAUCACAGAUACCGCUUCAUGGGGAGGUCAUUUGGAGAUUCAAGCUUUGUCUCAAGCCCUAAAGCUUCCAAUAGAAGUUUAUCAAGCUAACGCGCCAGUUCUAAGAAUAGGAGAGGAAUAUGAUGACCGACCACUACUGUUAUCAUAUCACCACCAUGAAUACGGUCUUGGAGAGCACUAUAACUCAGUCAUCCCCACAGAAGAAUGUGUUGACAGCUAGCACAAGUGCUGAUGUUAAUUUAACCAGCUAAAGAAGAUUAAUUAUUAUCAAAAGAUAAUCACUAUGAACUACAACACCCUUAAGUAAAAGAUCGACAUACUUUUUUUCUCGAAUAUCUUCCCUUUCAGCAACCGAGAGCUAUCUUAUCCCUUGAAAUAUUUGUUUUAGUUAACCACAGCACCUGGCUGUAGUUAAGAUUAGUAUUUGACUUAGUUCACUGCGCCUCCUUUUCCACGCUGACGGGGCAGGAAAAUGAGAAGUUUUACUCUGAUUAGACCAUGAUUAUAGAGUAUUGUGGAAGUGAAAGAGUUACCAGAUCUCAUAGCGGCUUUACUGUGCUGUGGGAUAAAAUCAACUCGAAACAACCGACUUCAAAUUUUCUCUUUGUUGACAUAAUAGCUUAAUUUUCAGUAAAUUCUUGCAAUUAGAAAUAGUUUUCAGAUCUGCGAACCAACUGGCUCCUAUCCUAUCAAUGGGUCGCUCUCGAGGUCAGAACCAAAACCUUCAAAUUGCGAAAAUAAGUUCAUCGGCAUGGGAAUAAAAACAACUUUCAUAUCA